ACCACCGGGUCGAUCAGAAGCAAAGGCAAGCGUUAUUCUGCGUGUGAUUUUCUUGUGUAGAUUCGCGAAAUAGUGAGACGCUGGUGACAGAUUGUGCAGUUUUCUUACCGUGGCCGGAUCUGAUCUGAUAUCAGCGAUUAGCGGUUGUUCUUGGUUCGAGAGUUGGUGACUUAACGGUGAAUUUUUGUCUUUUCGGAUACUUUGCUUGAUUAAUAAGGCAGUGUUACGCUUUCGUUGCUGUCCAGUUACGGGAUACCUUAGGAGCGAUGUCCUACUCGAAUAAAUUCAUCUACGCGACGCUCCCACGAACGCAGCGCGGUCAGCCGAUUGUACUGGGAGGCGACCCGAAGGGGAAGAACUUUCUUUACACCAACGGGCACUCGGUUAUCAUUCGGAACAUCGACAAUCCGGAAAUCGCCGACAUCUAUACGGAACACUCGUGUGCGGUCAAUGUGGCCAAGUACUCGCCCAGUGGGUUUUACAUAGCCUCCGGCGAUCAGUCGGGAAAGAUCCGCAUCUGGGACACGGUCAACAAGGAGCACCUGCUGAAGAACGAGUUUCAACCGAUCGGUGGUCCGAUCAAGGACAUCAGCUGGUCGCCGGACAGUCAGCGGAUUGUGAUUGUCGGUGAAGGUCGGGAACGCUUUGGACAUGUUUUUAUGGCUGAGACGGGAACUUCUGUGGGCGAGAUCUCCGGUCAGUCGAAACCGAUCAAUUCGUGUGAUUUCCGGCCGGCAAGACCGUUCCGGAUUGUGACGGGUAGUGAAGAUAACACGAUUGGUGUGUUUGAAGGACCACCAUUCAAGUUCAAGAUGACCAAACAAGACCAUACCAGAUUCGUACAGGCGGUUCGCUAUUCCCCGAGCGGUCAUCUGUUUGCCUCGGCUGGUUUCGAUGGCAAAGUUUUCCUGUACGACGGAACAACGUCAGAGUUGAAAGGUGAAAUUGGAUCACCCGCGCACGGAGGUGGUGUCUACGGAGUUGCCUGGAAACCGGAUGGAACUCAACUGCUCACGUGCUCUGGCGAUAAAACGUGUAAACUAUGGGACGUGGAAACACGUACUCUUGUCACCGAAUUCCCUAUGGGAACAACGAUCGAUGACCAGCAGGUAUCCUGCCUGUGGCAGGGAAAUCAUGUCCUGUCGGUUUCGUUGUCCGGCUUUAUUAACUACCUCGACGUUAACAAUCCCACCAAACCGUUACGUGUGGUCAAAGGCCACAACAAACCCAUCACUGUACUGAGCUUGAGUGAAGAUCGUAGCACGAUUUACACCGGCAGCCACGAUGGUGCGGUUACCAACUGGAACUCAGGUUCGGGUUCGAAUGAUCGCGUUGCCGGUGCUGGUCACGGCAAUCAGAUCAAUGCCAUCUGCGCCGCAGGCGACUACGUCUAUACAGCCGGAAUCGAUGAUUCGAUUAAGCAAAUUACGAUCGAAGGCAACCGAUAUAGUUCAGUGGAAGCGAAAUUGAGCUGUCAGCCACGUGGCAUGGACAUCCUGAAGGAAGGCAACAUUAUAGUGGUCGGUUGCGUGAAGGAUGUUACCGUACUGCAGGACAACCGGAAGGUUUCCACUAUUCCUAUUACUUUCGAAUCCAGCAGCGUUAGUAUCAAUCCGGAAACGUUGGAUGUUGCUGUCGGAGGCGAUGACAGCAAAGUGCAUAUUUACAGUCUAACCGGUGGAACGCAGUUGGUUCCGAAGCUGGACUUGGAUCAUCUAGGUCCGGUGACCGACUGCAAGUAUUCGCCCGACAAUAAGCUGCUGGUUGCGUGCGAUGCCAACCGGAAGGUUAUCCUGUACAGUGUGCCGGAGUAUAAGCCUGCGCACAACAAAGAAUGGGGCUUCCAUAAUGCACGCGUCAAUUGUGUGUCCUUUUCGCCAAACUCGCAACUGGUGGCCAGCGGUUCGCUCGACACGACCAUCAUCAUUUGGUACGUGAACAGUCCAGCCAAACAUACCAUAAUCAAAAAUGCCCACCCGCAGUCGCAGAUUACCGGUCUGGUUUGGCUCGACAACGAGACGCUGAUUUCGACCGGUCAGGACUGCAACACCAAGGUAUGGCACAUCGAACCGACUGCCUAGGACGGACUGCCCUAAAAUGCGGAAAGCUUAAUAAUAUCAUGCAGGAAUAUUGUCUUGUCAAACACCGUAAGUUUUGCACUAUAUUUUCCCCUUCUCCCCCCUCUACUCUCGUUUGUUUUCCUAUUAUUACUGAUGAAAAUAGUUUAGCUGUGUAUUUAGAGGAUGCAGUGCAUUUAAUAGCCGCCGCAAGGAAUAAAACAAUAAUUUUGCUGCUGCUGAUGUUGUUGAACGAAACUCGGUAGAGAAAAAUAGACAGGAUAAAACACAGGCUUAAAAUUCUAGAAGUCAGUUGAUUGAAUACGGCAGUGGGACAAGAAUGAAAGCAGUAAAUUUGUUCGUUUUUAACUGUAAAGUUGUUUUCGUUUUUUGUACGUUCAAUUAGGGUAAUCAGUCUUCCACCCAGUUUUAAGUUACAAUUUUUAACAGUAUCCUUCGCAACCAUUGUAACCUUAUUGAAGCAAACAAACCAAAACUGAUUUUUCGUUGUUUUUUGUGUGAUCUCACUCUUCUUACGCAGUGCUGUUGUCAACUGAACUGUUUUUUAAGUUUCCUGUUGUUCGUAUUAUUUAUGAAACUUGCCCAGCACUUUGGCGAAACGUACUAACCGUAGAAAUAUUUAGCCAGGUUUGAUCCUAUUCAGACUUAAGAGAUUUUGGAUAACUUUAUACAAGUAAAACUACGAAGGCUGAACAGCGGGUGUGUUAACACACCCGCUGUAAUCCUGGAAAGAAAACACAUUGUGUAGAAGCAAUCGAAACAUAUUUAUAAAAAUAAUUGAUGAAAAA